AUGCCUAGGCGUUCGACUACAGAAGCGAUUCAUCUGGUUAGGAGAUUAGUGGAGGAGUAUAGGGAGAGGAAGAAGGACUUGCAUAUUGUGUUUAUUGACCUUGAGAAAGCGUAUGAUAAAGUACCGAGGGAGGUCAUGUGGAGGUAUGUGAAGGCUAGUGGCAUUCCGGUAGAGUACAUUAGGGUGAUUAAGGAUAUGUAUGAUGAUGCUAAGAGUCAUGUGAGGACUGUGGGUGGGGACUCGGAACAUUUCCCUGUGAUAUUUAGAAUGAUGUUGGUACUGUAUGUAUCACCUGAUAAUGGUGCAGAUUUCAGAACGCGCAUUGUGUUUGAGUUGCAGGUGCUUAACUGGAAUAUUGGAAAUUUUGACUCUAAUGAAGAAAUCCAACUAAAAAAAGAGGUGUUCCGGCUCACAAGGCAAGAAACAGCGCAACAUACCAGAAGUGCAAUCCGCAGAAGUAUUUCUACGGCCGUAAAAGAAAGUGCUGACCGCAAAAUUCUUUCUGUGACUGCAAAUCUUAUGUAG